AGUGUAGGUGGUGGGAGGAGGGCUGUGCUGUGGGCGGAACGCUGUGGAGGAAUGUGUAUGCUGGGCUUGAUGGGAUGUGUGAAUUAUCUGUCCAAACUCGUAUUAUCCCACUGGAUGGAGCUGUGCUCAGCAUGGUGGUGUCAGUGAUCCACUAAGUCCACUCUUCCUUCCCAUCGCAGUCCCUGUGUUACCCCCCGGCUGUCCCUCCUCGCUGUGCCCUGCAAGCUGAUCCGAGCACCGGCCGUGCAGCUGCCUAUUUAUGUGCCUGAGUCUCAGUUGCCUAUUAAGGGAUUUACAAGGAGGAGGCAGUAGCAGCACGGCGUCGGCGGCUCUGAGGUUGAGCCAGGGCUGGGGAUCAGCAUCAUGGGGCUGCAGCCCUUGGAGUUCAGUGACUGUUACCUGGACAGCCCCUGGCUGCGGGAGAGGAUACGCUCGCACGAGGCGGAGCUGGACAAAACUAACAAGUUUAUCAAGGACUUGGUGAAAGAUGGCAAAAACCUCAUCACUGCCACUAAAAGUAAGUGUGCAAUCACACCAACACUGGCUGCCUCAGGCAGGGCUACUACAGAGCAGCGGAACUUGUCCACAGCCCAGAGAAGGUUUGCCAAUUCACUCAGGGAUUUUAAAUUUGAAUUCAUUGGCGAUGCUGAAACUGAUGACGAGCGACGUAUCGAUGCGUCUCUACACCUUUUUUCAACAUUUUUACAAAAUCUUGAAGAGCAGAGGGAGAUAAUGGCACUGAGCGUAAAUGAAACACUCAUUAAACCCUUGGAACGAUUUCGGAAAGAGCAACUUGGAGCUGUGAAGGAAGAAAAAAAGAAGUUUGAUAAAGAGACAGAAAAGAACUACAGCAAUCUGGAUAAACAUUUAAGCAUGUCAUCCAAGAAGAAAGAGCCACAAUUACAGGAGGCAGAUGUCCAAGUGGAGCAGAAUCGGCAACAUUUUUAUGAGCUGUCGCUUGAAUAUGUGUGUAAACUUCAGGAAAUCCAGGAGCGGAAAAAAUUUGAAUUUGUGGAACCUAUGCUGUCUUUCUUCCAAGGGAUUUUUACCUUCUAUCACCAAGGAUAUGAACUUGCUAAAGAUUUUAACCACUACAAACUGGAGCUACAGAUCAACAUUCAAAAUACACGGAAUCGGUUUGAAGGGACACGAUCAGAGGUAGAAGAUUUAAUGACAAAAAUUAGAAAAAGCCCACAGGAGCAUAAGCGGGUCAGCCCGUAUACCAUGGAGGGAUAUCUCUACAUUCAGGAGAAACGACCUGCUCCAUUUGGUUCAAGCUGGGUAAAACACUACUGCAUGUACAAGAAGGAAACCAAAACAUUCUCAAUGUUCCCCUAUGAACACCGAUCAGGAGGCAAAAUAGGUGAAGGGGAGAGUUUCACACUUAAGUACUGCAUAAAGCGAUAUACAGACACAAUAGACAGGAGGUUCUGUUUUGAUGUGGAAGCUGUAGAGCGGCCAGGACUUCUCACUACCAUGCAAGCCUUCUCAGAGGAAGACUGGCACCUCUGGAUGGAAGUACUGGGUGGGAAAGCAUCUCGGUUUCUCAGCCUCAGCAGAUCUACAACAAGGACAGAGGGAGGUGCUCAGCUAGACGAACAUGGAUUUGCCGUUGUGAAAAGUUGUAUCAAUGCUAUUGAAACAAGGGGUAUUAAUGACCAAGGAUUGUACAGGGUUGUGGGGGUGAGUUCAAAGGUCCAGAGACUUCUGAGUUUAUUAAUGGAUGUGAAAACUGGCUGUGAUGUGGAUUUGAGUGAGGAUGGAGAAUGGGAGGUCAAGUCCAUCACCAGUGCUCUGAAACUAUAUUUAAGGAGCCUGCCAGAACCGCUGAUGACAUAUGACCUUCAUGAACAGUUCAUCAAUCCUGCCAAAAGUGGAAGUCCGGAGUCUCGGGUGAAUGCGGUUCAUUUUUUAAUUUACAAACUGCCUGAGAAAAAUCGAGAAAUGCUGGAUCUUCUCGUCAAGCACUUGGCUAAUGUUUCUAGCAAUGCCAAGACAAAUUUGAUGACAGUAGCUAAUCUGGGAGUUGUAUUUGGUCCAACUUUGAUGAGGCCACAAGAGGAAACUGUCGCAGGCAUCAUGGACCUAAAGUUUCAGAACAUUGUUGUUGAAAUACUUAUCGAAAACCAUGACAAGAUUUUUACCAACCCUCCAGAUGACUCCAUGCAAGAGCCAACAUCUCUGUCUCCUCGCGCCCCACCUAGACAGUCAAGGAGGCAGCGUAACAGGAGGCCACUUGCUGUGUACAACCUCUGCCUAGAACUAGAUAACGCUGAUAAUAAUUCUACUAAAGAAGAAACCCCUACAGGUAGCACAGACUCGCUUUCUCCGGAGUCUCUUACACCUACAGCUACGUGCAUCAAUUCUGCACAUGAGAGAAAUCAUCUUAUUGCAGACACCAGUGAUCUCUUGGAGUGGGCUACCUCAGAAACAACUCUUGUUCAGUGUCCUUUGGUAUCGUGGAUAAAUAGUGAGAGUGAGACUCCAACUGCAACAACUGAACCUACCUCUCCAAUGGUGACCGAGCCAUCCCCCACCGUGGACACUGUAGCAUCACCUGCACUCCUUACAACACUGGCUUCAGGCAGCAUCCCUGGGAGACAGGCCAAAGCCGUGUACCCAUGUGAGGCAGAGCACAGCUCAGAGUUAUCAUUUCAAGUAGGAGAAGUCUUUGAAAAUGUACAUAACUCAUUGGAGCCAGGAUGGCUUGAGGGAACCCUGAAUGGCAGACGGGGACUUAUUCCACAAAAUUAUGUUCAGUUUCUCUAGCUGUAUGUACUUGUUGCUCAGAAGCUGUACAUGGUAUCCAUGGAUUCCUGCUCUGGUAACGCGUGUCUUGUGACUGCUUAAACCACUUGACCAGACUUCAGUUUGGAAAAUGCCUGUAAAUGAAUAGGCAUGCAAUAUUACCAAACUAAAAGGACACAUUUUAUUUAAUGUUGCAUUUGUUACUGUAUAUUUUUAUUUUUUAGCAAGCACUGUUAGCUGGCAUAACGUUUGAUUAUUAUAUCACUCAUUGCACAAUUUCAUUCCUUGCUAAUGAGAUUAUCUAGUGUAAUUAUAUUUAAAUUAAUAGUGUGAUGUAUAGCCUCCUUGGCUACAAAUCUACAGUAAUGCAAAUCACAUAUAAAGGUUCACAAAUGGCACACUAUUUUAAUAUGGUUUUUGGAAGCCAUUAAAUACAAUAUCAAUAUAUUUGCACAUUUUAAGGCUUUUGAUGCUGCAAUUUUCAGUUUAUUGUAAGAAUGGACUCAAAAAACUACAUUGGUAGCAUUUUAUAUUACUUUUUACAUCAGUUCUUUUUUAGCAGUCACCGUGAUGUAUUUUGUUGUUACUGUCAUUAUUGUUAAGCUUCCACUUGUUCAAUUUUAUUGUUUUUAAAAUAUAGUUUCUGCCAAAAAUGUAAUUUUAUCACAAAUAAAAUAUUCGUUCUUUUAAUAUA